GUCGUUCUGUGUCUUGCUUUCUUGUUUUUAUCAUCUGUAACCUGAGAGGCGUCAGACUACACAACUUGUACGAAAGCUCCUCAAAGGUUCAGACAUUUCUAUGGCUGCACGUGGUUUUGGAGUUUCAACUCUUAAAGUUUCCAACUUGGGAUCUGUGAGUACCAAAUUGGGUACACUACAGCAGUUGCAUGUUCUGGGGACUCGAGUUCCGAUUCGAUAUAAUGGUUUGGUGAUUUCUAAGAGGUUGAAGAAGGCAUCAAAUGGAUGUCAUUCUUUGUCUUGCAAAUCCCAAAAUGCUACAAAUUUAGAAAAUGAUUCUGAAGAAGUGAAAUCAUCAGAUACUACAAGCCAGCUGAUUCCGAACUCGGCGGUGGUUGAAUCUCUUCUCACACAAAUAUGUGAUACUUCAAUUGCGGAGUUUGAAUUGAAGCUUGGUGGAUUUCGGCUGUAUGUGACAAGGGACUUAACUACGAAAAAUAUACCUUCACCACCUCCAGUUUCUCCUCCCGUCAAUGUUAAUACAACUGUUCAGACACCUGAACUAAACGGGUCAGUCUCUACGCCUUCGUUAGCCAUCACCAAACAUGGUCAUUCUUUAGGUGGCAUUCAAACAUUUCUUGAUGAAUCUACAGAUGAAGGCUUGGUGAUACUUCAGUCUCCUAAGGUUGGAUAUUUUAGGAGAUCCCGAACCAUAAAGGGGAAGCGUGCCCCGCCAUCAUGCAAAGAGAAACAAAUAGUGAAGGAGGGGCAAGUGCUUUGUUACAUCGAACAGCUUGGUGGAGAAAUCCCAGUUGAGUCUGACAUAUCUGGAGAGGUUAUCAAGAUACUACGAAAGGAUGGUGAUCCUGUUGGCUAUGGUGACGCUCUUAUUGCAAUCCUUCCUUCGUUUCCUGGGAUAAAGAAGCUUCAGUAGAUGGUUUUGUUUCAUUUUGUUUCUUUUACCAACCUAAAUUUUGGUGUUUAGCAAAUGUUUGUCUUGGCCUAAGUAGUUUGGAAAAGGUUUUGUUGAAUUGUUGAGUUGAGCAAAUGUUCAUAUCCGACUCUAAAUGAAAAGGACAGGAUUAUGUUGGCCUAUCUGCAAAUUUAUGUUUUGUAAUUACCUGUUCUAGUUUCUAUUUCAAAGCUUGGGACCGAAAACUUUCUUUUUAUGUGGCAUAAAGCUUAUUAUUACUAUUA